UCGCAGUGUCCGAGCUCCCACAUGGCAAGGGGGCAGGGGAAUUUGGCCUCCCGGGCGCCCCCAUCCGCGGCCCUCUCGCGGUCCAGGCAAGCUGGUUGAAUAACCCAUUCUUGCCUCAAACAAAUAGGCUGCAGCCAAAGAUGUCCCCGUCUGCAGUAUCAGGCCCUGCACAUCUCUUUAGGCUUGCUGGCAAGUGUUUCAGUUUUGUGGAAUCCACGUACAAGUAUGAGUUUUGUCCUUUCCAUAAUGUCACUCAGCAUGAGCAAACUUUUCGAUGGAAUGCGUAUAGUGGGAUUUUAGGAAUCUGGCAUGAAUGGGAAAUUGACAAUAACACAUUUGUUGGAAUGUGGAUGAGGGAAGGAGACUCCUGUGAAACUAAGAGCAGACAGACAAAGGUUCAUCUUGCUUGUGGAAAGAGCAAUAAAUUGGCUUAUGUGUCUGAGCCAAGUACUUGUGUUUACUCUCUGACAUUUGAGACUCCUCUCGUGUGCCAUCCUCACUCACUUUUAGUUUAUCCAACUCUGACUGAAGCACUGCAGAGGAAGUGGGACGAAGCAGAGCAGCUACUGUACGAUGAACUAAUAACCGACCAGGGUUACAAAAAAAUUCUGAAAGAGAUUUUUGAGGAAGCAGGACUUCUAAAAGCAACAGAAGAAAAUGAAGUUGAAAAACAGAGUAAGAAAAUAACUCUGGAAUUUGAAACAGUGGAAAAGUGCAGUAAGGAAUACAAGCAACUUUCUGAAGAAAUAAAAAAACUUAGAGUUUUAUUAGGUCAGCAUGGUAUUGCAUACAAAGGAAAUCUUGCUGGAAAUUCCAGUGUUGAGUAUGUAAGGCACCAACUGGCAACUGCAGUGGCAUCAGUUCUUAAUGGGUCAAAGGAUGAUGAGCACCUCCAUGGCGAUACAGGAAUGUGGAAUUACACUCUGUGAAGAAACUUGGAUGGUACCUAAUGUAAAUUAAACUGAACACAUAUUAUGCCACAAAGAUGAUUUGCCUUCUUGUGAGUAUUCUUGACUUUGUUUCAAUUUGUGCCCUAAAGCAAACACAUUGUAGUAGAGUGAGGGCACACCAUUAUGAGAACAGUUAGCUUGUUUCUGACAACAUUUGUAACACUUCUUUGGUAUGACCAGUAUUUGACACGAACUUAAAGAUUCUCUGCGCCUAGUCCCAGCUUUUGCUAUUUUUAUUGAUCAAGUGUGGUAGAAGUUGGAGUGAAUAUAAACCAGCUCAAGACCAGUGCUGCAAGGUGUUUUAAGAAAGGUACUAAAUACAGUAUUAAGAACAUGCUAUUUCAUCUAUAUGCUAAAAAGAUUUCUGGACACACUUUAGCGGGAAAAGAAACGUUUUCUGCCACAGCAGUGCAGACCAUACCACUACACCAAUUCGUGUUCAAAGGUCGAUGUCGUCUUUGGCUGUCAGGUUAAAUGGAAGUUGGUCAGAAUAUGGCAGAAAGGUGCAAUGAAAUCACUGAGUUGUGACAAAAGCAUAGUUAUAGUAAUACCUGGCAAUUCUGUGUAUGUAAUACAGAAUAAAAUGGACUCCUCCAACACAACCUGUGAAAGCGUUCACGUCGGCAUUGGUGAACGCCGAGCACGCCAUCUGCGGUCACUGUGCUGCCUCCUGUGGUGCCAUUUGGGGGCCCCCCCCGGCCCAGAGUCCUGUCGCCCUUGCCCUCACGGCGGCAGCUGUGUUGAGCCGCGGCCCAACCCACCGAGCCCUCGCGCUUCAGCUCACGUAAAGUGGGGGAUGAUCCGGGCGCUGGGUCACUGGCGGUGAGGAGCGGGCCGGGGCUGGGAUGGCUAUCCCACCUCAUGAGAUAAAAGAAUUGUGAAAAGCAAUAAGGGACAGUGGUAUCUGCUCCCCAUAAUUUAAGCAACUGCUAAAAAGUACCCUGGAAGGACAUACACUCACACCAAAUGACUGUAAAAAUUUUGCUAGUAAAAUUCUCACAGACUCACAAUAUAUGAUAUGGGAACUCAAAUGGAAAAGACUGCUUACAAGGGUACUAGCCACUUAUAGACAAAGUACUGAUGCAGACCUUCAUACCCUUGUCAUGUCUAAGAUGACUGGUGACCCUCCUGAUGAUCAGAAUGAUAAUCAAGUGAAUUUACCCAAAACAGCGUUAGAUGACAU